UUCACUUUCCCAUCCCAAGAUGUUCAAAUAUCCAUCCAUCCAGCACCAUCGUUAUUGGAAGAGCGGACAGCAACAAUGGCGACCAAAAUCUUGAAAUCCAAGAAACCCCCACCAUCAUCAUCAUCAUCAUCUUCCCAUCUCGCCAUGAUCGAACUCAAACAAAGAAUCUUAACAUCACUCUCCAAACUCUCCGACAGAGACACCCACCAGAUUGCCGCCGAAGACCUCGAAAACAUCAUCAAAAGCCUAACCCCAGAGGGCACCACAAUGCUCCUCAACUCCCUCUACGACGCCACCGGAGACACCCACAAACCGGCCGUCAAGAAAGAAGCAAUCCGGCUGUUGUGCUUCUUCUGUGCCACCCACAUUGGUACCCAUCAUUUGGGAAAAAUCAUAGCCCACAUUGUGAAAAGGGUUAGAGAUUCUGAUUCAGGGGUCAAAGACGCGUGUAGAGAGGCAAUUGGUGAGCUUUCUUCCUUGUAUUUGAAAGGGGAGGGGGUUGAGAGUGUGGUGGUGGUGUUUCUGAAGCCUUUGUUUGAAGCUUUGAAUGAUCAGAGUAAAGGGGUGCAGGCUGCUGCAGCAAUGUGUAUGGCUAGAAUGGUUCAAAUGGCUUCUCAGCCGCCCCCCAUUUCGGCUUUUCACAAGCUGUGUACCAGGAUCUGCAAGUAUUUAAGUAACCCUAAUUUCUUAGCUAAGGCUGCACUUUUGCAACUGGUUUCUAGUCUUUCUCAGGUUGGUGCUAUUUCUCCACAAGGCUUGGAGCCACUGCUUCAAAGUAUUCACGAGUGUUUGACCAAUUCUGAUUGGGCAACUCGAAAAGCAGCUGCUGAUGCAUUGAGUGCCUUAGCUUUGCAUUCAACCAAUUUGAUCACCGGUCCCACAAUAACUGCCCUUGAGGCUUGUCGUUUUGAUAAGAUAAAACCUGCAAGAGACAGUAUUGUAGAGGCUUUACAGCAAUGGCAAAAUCUUGCAGGAGGUACGGAAGAUAAAAAACCACCAGAAGGUGAGGAUUCUAAAGCAGCUAAGUCGGGCGAAAGAAAACCUGAGGCCCCACCGGAGAAUAGUGAACCCGAGGGUAGCAACAUACCUGAGAAGGCAGUUGGAAUCUUGAAAAAGAAAGCGCCUGCGUUGUGUGAUAAAGAAUUAAACCCCGAGUUUUUUCAAAGACUUGAAAAACGGGUUUCUGGUGAAGUUGAAGUGGUUGUCCCUCGAAGAGUUGCAAAGUCCUCAAAGGAACAAAAUGGACAAGAGUCAGGUCUUAAUGUGACAGAUACGGAUGAUGGAAGUCAAAGGGAGGGUUCUAGGAGUAAUAAAGGAAAUUGGUUGGCUAUACAGAGGCAAUUACUACAAUUGGAGAGACAACAGGCUCAUCUCAUGAAUAUGUUGCAGGAUUUCAUGGGUGGAUCUCAUGAUGGGAUGGUGACUCUGGAGAACAGAGUGCGGGGCCUUGAACGAAUUGUCGAAGACAUGGCCCAUGAUCUGUCAUUAUCAGCCAAUAACCGGAGAGGCGGUAAUUACAUGAUGGGAUUUGAGGAUUCCAGUAGAUCAUUUGGGAAAUACAAUGACUAUCCGAAUGCAAAAUUAGGUAGAAAUGAUGACCCAGUGUCUUACAUGGGUUCAGGUAUGAGGGGCAGAGGAUCUUCCUGGAGAGAAAACUGGGACUACCAUUCAUAUGGCAGAAACACACAAAUGGGUUUACGGAGAGGUAGGGAUAAAGGGGCCGGGCCGGGCCCUGGGCCUGCUAGGUUUGGGGAGGGACCGUCAGCUAGAAGUGUUUGGCAAGCCUCAAAAGAUGAAGCCACAUUGGAAGCAAUUCGAGGAGCAGGGGAAGAUAAUGGGCCUGCGCGAGUGGCUGUUCCUGAAUUGAUCCCUGAAGCAAUGGGAGACGAGAAUGUGCAGGAUCGGGACCCGGUUUGGAUGGCUUGGAGCAAUGCAAUGGACGCACUUCAUGUUGGUGAUGCUGAUACGGCUUUUGCUGAAGUUUUGUCAACUGGUGAUGAUACAUUGCUUGUGAAAUUAAUGGACCAAACCGGCCCGGUUAUUGAUCAGCUCUCCAGUGAGGUCGGGACCGAGGUUUUGCAUGCUGUUGCUCAGUUUCUUCUAGAUGAAAACGUGUUCGAUAUCUGUCUCUCUUGGCUUCAACAGUUGCUGGAUAUGAUUGUAGAGAACGGAACAGAUAAUGUGGAAAUCCCAAUAGAAGUGAAAAGGGAGAUUUUGGUGAAUCUGAGUGAGGCUGCUUCGGCCCCUCAUGACUGGGAAGGUAUGCUGCCAGAUCAGCUUUUGUUGCACUUGGCAUCAGCGUGGGAUAUUAUUGAUCUACACAAAUGAUUGCUCAUAUUUUGAUUGAAGAUGGAUAUUGCUUUCACCAUUUAGAUGAAGGCGGCUAAUGAUGGUCGAUUUGGUGCUUGGUUUCGAAUUCAAACGUUUCUAACAUAUUACAGUUAACUUGCACUUCGUCACAGACUCACAAUAGAUACUUCACCAGUUUCAUUUCAUCACACCCAUUAAGAUUCGUCUCAAUUCUCUUCAA